AUCGCGAAAGUAGUCGCGUUUGAAAAUCGUAAAUUAUCGACGUCAGUUUGGUUGCGUCGUCGCGCAAGCGUACUAUUGCGUGUGUGUGUGUUUGUGUGCGUGCGUGUGUGUGUGUGCAUGUACGUAUGAUUGUGUGUGCGAAUCACUUUGUCAAUUAAAAGCGAGGCAGUCGGGUUGAUUUUUGCUGGACUUUGCGUUGCGUCGCGUGGCUGCCUCUCCUCCACCACCACCACCACCAUCUCCCUAAUUCGAGAGACACACACAUGUGCGUGCAAUAAUUGCAACAAUAUAUAUAUAUAUUCAUCAGUUGGAGCUCCGCGAAGGAACAAGUGAUAUUGUGCAGCACGCAGUCGAGACAACAUGCUGAUCAAAGAAUUCCGAGUCACUUUGCCAUUGACGGUCGAGGAGUACCAAGUGGCUCAGUUGUACAGUGUAGCCGAGGCAUCCAAGGAUAAUACAGGGGGCGGCGAAGGUAUCGAAGUAUUAAAGAAUGAGCCCUUCACGGAUUACCCGUUGCUUGGCGGCAAGUACACUUCCGGCCAGUACACCUACAAGAUUUACCACUUGGCGAGUAAAGUGCCCUCGUACAUCCGUCUGAUGGCACCGAAAGGUUCCCUCGAAAUUCACGAGGAGGCCUGGAACGCUUACCCUUAUUGCAGGACAGUCAUCACGAAUCCUGGAUACAUGAAGGAUAAUUUCGUCAUUUGUAUCGAAAGUAUGCACAUCGGAGAUAAGGGAAACCAAGAUAACGUUCAUGAACUACCAGCUGACAAGCUGAAGAACCGCGAGGUCGUGCACAUAGAUAUUGCCAAUGAUCCUGUGAGUGCGAACGACUUUAAGGCUGAUGAGGAACCGUCCAAGUUCAAGUCGACGAAGACUGGUAGAGGACCUCUGGUGGGAAAGGACUGGAAGAACAAGGUAGAUCCGGUGAUGACCUGUUACAAGCUGGUGACGUGCGAGUUCAAGUGGUUCGGCUUGCAAAGUCGUAUCGAGAACUUCAUCCAAAAGCAGGAGAAGCGCCUCUUCACCAAUUUCCAUAGGCAAGUGUUCUGUUGGAUGGACCGCUGGCACGGUCUGACAAUGGAAGACAUCCGCGCCAUCGAAGAUAAAACCAAGGAGGAACUGGAGGCACUGCGUCAAAAAGGCGAAGUUAGGGGAAUGAAGGCGGAUGAGAAUUAAAUUUAAAUAGAGAUAUUUUUAUCGCAUAAUAAUUAUUUUCCAAUUUUUAUUUUAUUUCUUGGGGGCUGUGUGUGUGUGUGUUUUACGUGUGUGACGUUAGACCAUCCAAAUCGAACACGUGUAUUUAGGGUAGCAUAAUUUCCUGUCUUAUUUAAGUUACCAUUAUUUUCUUUCUGUCUCUGUAUAGCUAGCUACUAGCUACACUACACACAUUUUCUGUUUCGUUCUUUUCUUAUAAUUUCCACCAAGGAAACGAAACGCUACGCUGUGCGGUUGGUUCUUCCUUCGCCCCUAAACGACGACGACAACAACAACAACAAACAAAAAAACAAAAGUACAAGGCGACCCAAGGUUAUUUUAGUUAGCGGGUCGCAGUAAGUGAAAAUUGAAACAGUGUUCUAGUUGUGUAUAAAGUAUAUUGAGGAAAAAUUAAAUAUGAGUAACAUAAAUAAUGCAUUUAGGCCUCUCUCUCUCUUUUUCGUGCAGGGCUCAAUUAAUUAGGAUUCAAUAAAUAUUAGAAUAUUCAGAAGUUUUCAUUCAAAUUUAUCUUAAAAGAAAUUAUAAUUAUAAAUAAAAUUAUAACAAUGAGGAGAAAUUUAAAGUGCGGGAGAAUGUUAAUUGGUUGGGGAUUUUGUAUUUUAUUUUAUUUUUUGUAUGUAAUGUACUUAUAUUUUCUUAUCGAAACAGUCAUUUUUACAUGUUUUAGUACCACUUGCCAGACAUUAUAUUUAUGCCAAUCUAGCACAAUAGAUUACUUUAAUUCAUGCCGUA